AAAAUCAUGAUACCUUUUGUCUAUGAAUCUAUGCUGAUUUAAAUAUAGUUAUAUCAUACGGUUAUAAUUCAUCCACUUUAUCCACAAAAUUACCAAACCCCCACUUCAAAAAUCACUUCCAACGUGCUUCACCACCAAACCCAUUCAUUUCCAUGUGACCAUGCCUCACAAUCACUACAAAAAACAAGCAACCUUCCAUUCUCAACAAUAAAAUAUCCAACAACCUCAAAAUCCUCAAACCCACCGUAAACCACCACAACACAAUGACUUCACCAACAACAACCACCUUAAUCCUCGCUGUUCUAUUAUUCCUCUUCACACCAACAUCAACAUCAUCAAACUCAAACCACCAUUGCGGUCCCACAAAAAACCGGGACCCACAAAACCUCCAACCCAACAAAAUCACAGUCCUCAUAAACGGUUUCUCCGAAACCCGAAUCCCCAUCCUCCAAUCACUAGCCGCCACGUACUCACUCUCCCCACUAGUAUCCUCCGUGCUCGUCCUCUGGGGAAACCCAUCUACACCGCCACGUGUCAUUAACCAAUUGGCUCUCAACCUCUCGCUCUCUUCCGAUUCUAUUUCGUUACACCGAAACCCUUCUAGUAGUUUAAACGAUCGUUUCCUUCCUCGUUUAAACGACAUAACAACCGAUGCCGUUUUGGUUUGUGACGACGAUGUCGAGGUAGAUGAACCGUCGUUUGAGUUUGCGUUUCGGGUUUGGUUAACGAACCGGGAGCGUAUUGUUGGGGUUUUCGCCAGGUCGCAUGACGUGGACAUGAACCGGAAGGAGUGGGUUUACACGGUUCACCCGGACCGGUUUUCCAUUGUGCUCACCAAGUUCAUGUUGCUCAAAAGCGAGUACUUGUUCAGGUAUAGCUGCGAGGGUGGGCCACGCAUGGUUCGAAUGAGGAAGAUUGUUGACUCGGUUCGAAAUUGUGAGGAUAUACUGAUGAACUUUGUGGUGGCUGAUGCAACCAAUGUGGGUCCCAUUUUGGUUGGGGUGAAAAGAGUGAGGGAUUAUGGUGAUGCGAGAAAUGAUGAGGGAAGGUUUAGUUUGGGGUUGAGUGGAAGGAAAGGGGUGCAUAGGAAAAAUAGAGGGUGGUGUAUAAGUGAGUUUCAUAGGGCUAUGGGGAGAAUGCCUUUGAGGUAUAGUUAUGGUAAGGUUGUUGAUUCUAUUGGGGAACAAGGGUUGUGCCGCAAAGGUGGUAAAUUGGUGUUUUGUGAUCAAUGAUACUACAUGUGUGGCCUUGGAUUUCCUUUGUUGUAGUUUUGUUUAUAUCCUUUGUGUUUUUCUUUUCUUCAAAAUUUUGGUAAGAAGUGAGACAUUGUAGAUUUGAAUGUCUUUCUAUGUGUUUGGUUUUGCAGUAAAAUAAUUUUUUUAGAAUUGAUUAUGGUUAGAAGUGAGUUACAUGUGAAUGGGUUCAUGUUUGAACAUAUUUAUGUAUAAGUGGAUUAAAUAUCAUGUUUCACUAUAAAUAUCAUGUUUAAAUUCAAAAGUUACACAUCUACAAUAUAAGAAAGUUUUAUGUUCUGCCAAUUACAAUUU